AUGAAGCGCUUCAUCAUUGGCGUAUCCGGUGUCGCCCUCCUCGCUCUCCCCUUCGUCGUCGCCAACCGCCCGCCCUUCAACAGCAAAGCCAUCCAAAUGUCAGACAACACCCACAAGGGUCAGGCGCCCCUCAACCCCGCCGCUCCCGACAACCUCGACCAGCCCGUCCGCACUGCAGUUCCCUUGUCCGAUAUUCUCGGCAGCAACCGUGCCCUUACCACAUUCUCUUCCCUAGCGCGCAUGCAUGCUUCCACAGAGACCCUGCUCGGCAGCUUUGCCGUCAACACAACGGUCCUGGCACCGCUCAACUCCGCCAUGGACAGCCUGCCGCGAAAGCCUUGGGAAGAUUCCCAGGAACUUGAGGAGCACGGCGCGCACAUCUACGAAGGGGACGAUGGCAAGGAGCGCGCCGAUAAGAACUUGCGCCGCUUUGUGGAAGCACAUCUCGUCACAACUAGCCCGUGGAAGGCCAACGACAAGGUCAAGACCGUCCUGGGCCGCGAAGUCUGGUGGGAAGAAAAGGACGGCAAGAGAGUCAUCAUGCCCGAUGGCGUCGAGGUAGACCGCGUGGCUAACCAGGUUGCCAAUGGCGAGAUUUGGAUUCUCAAAGGAGUCUUAAAAUCGGCAUCCAAGUAA